CUAACCGACGAACAGCCAAUAUGGCUACCAACGUGCAAAUUCCGUCUCCGCAACAAAAUGUUAAUCUACCUAAUCAACCUGCCCCACGUGCACGAGCCCCCAUGUCGCCACGAGAUCUCUAUCUAUUUGAUCCGGCACACCAUCUUGCAGGAGCAUGGCUGGCCACGCUUAGAGCACAGCAGUACGAUGAUCAGGAAGCACAGAUCAACAUUCCGAUUCAAAUGGGAGGAGAUGCUCAUCAUUGGUAUGGUACUUAUGUACGGGUGGAUCUCCCAACCUUCGAACGCGAUUUCAUGAACCGAUUUGAUUAUGUUCACCCUGAGCAGGCAUUGUACAUGAUCAAGGACCGAGUGCAAAAACCGCCCGAAUCCGUUGCGGAAUAUCGAAACCGGUUCUACAGGAUGUUCGUGAAAACUGAGCGAGGGGAGCAAGUAGGGAGGGAUCUGUUCAUUGACGGACUCCGCAGUCGAACAAUAAGGACCAAGUUGCGAAAACAGUUUUCUCCCAUCACUCAUACGCUACAACAAAUUAUUGCUGCCGCAGAAGAAAUGGAACGAAAGUUCGCAGCGAACUUCCUGGAAGGAGAAGACCACCCUAGAGACGGAGAUUUGACCGAGCUCGUACGGGCAAGACCAGAACUGGCUGCUUUACAGAACAAAUUUGAAAACAUGGGAUUUGUAUCGGGACCUGUCACCUACAUGGAACAAAUAGGCCCCAAACGAGUAAUUAUAAGCGAGACUCUGAGCAUCUCUGCUCCUAUGAUGCCCCCGCCCGUCAGGGCAUUACCCCCGUCGCCGGUUGAGGCUCCUGUACGAUCAAACGAAUCGGCGGCCAUUUUCGAACUAACCAAAACGUUGAUUAGUUUGAUCCAAGAAAGCAAAAAGGAACAGCGAGAGCACAAUGCUCGACUGGAAGCCAUGAUGAGGAACAUGCGACCUAUCGCGGUGUGUGCCCCUCCGAUACAACAAGGAUUAGCCCCUGCCUCGACUCUCGGAGGAGCCGCGAACAAUCUGAAUGUUUGUUAUGCCUGUCAUCAGCCCGGACAUCUAGCCCGUGAUUGCCCCCACCGACCCCCGCAACAGCGGAUCGGAGUCGCACCUAUGGCUGCGGCCCCCAUCGCCAAUGGACCUGGACGAGUCGGAGCGUUGAUGGAAGAAGUGGAGGGUGGGGGAAGUGCCUUGGCCACCACGGAAGAGGCUGCCGAGCUAAUUCCACUAGAUCAACAGAAGUUCCACCUCGUAACAGAUCACGAGCCUCUGCUGGAGCUGAAGAAACUCACCAACUACACGGGCAUGAUUGGCCGUUGGGCGGUGCGAUUGCAAGAAUGCGACUUCGACAUCGUCCAUCGAAAGACAGAGCGACACGRCAACGCGGACGGGCUGACACGUCUACAUCGGCCGGCCAAGUGGUCGGCUUGCGUAGAAGGAGCCGCGGAACACAUCCCACCGUCGCAACGACAACAUUUGGAUCCCCGGGCGAUUCGUGACCCUGCCUUCUUCAGGCAGCCUACGGCAGAGCAGCUUACGGCCAUCCAAGAGGAGGAAGAGGAGGAAGAAAGCACUGAGAGUGACGACAGGGAAGACGAGCGGGGAGAAAGUCAGGAAGGCGACGAAGUACUCGGGGAAGAAGACGAAAUCCCCGAAGAAGGAAGCGAUAGCGAGCAUAGCGAGGGGGAGCAGAGCGAAGAAGAGGAAGAAGACAAAGAAGGAGAAAAAGGGCAUGAAGAAAAAUCUGCUGGACAAGAGUGGGAAGCCGUGCUGGAAGAAGCGCUGCGCACAGGUACAGAGGCAGAAGAUCCCGAGGCGGCCCGUAAAAGGGAAGAGAUCGCGGCCAGGAAGACGGAGUUAGAACUCGCAGGUGCGGCGAGUCUGCAGAUCAGCGACGACCCAAACCGAGAUCCGGAGCCGCCCCAACCUGAAGAUGGCAACCUCACGGCCAUGACUCCGGCCCCAUUGGCACGACGAUGAAGCCGAUCCCCCCCCUCCCCAACCCGUCCCUCAUUUCGCCGACGUU